CGCCCAGCCUCCGCCGAGGUGGAGAGCCGCCCAGGUGAGGAGGCCGCCACACUUCCGUCCAGGUGAGGGCAGCAGCUGUACUUCCGCCAGGUGAGGAGGCCGUGCUCGCAGCCCUGGGGCUCCCACCCCGCUGUCGCCCGACCAGGCUUUUUGGAAGUGAUUGAAAAGAAUAAUCCAAAAUGCCUGAAAAUCCUGCUGCAGAGAAAAUGCAGGUCCUGCAGGUCCUCGAUCGCCUGAGAGGGAAGCUGCAGGAGAAGGGAGACACGACACAGAACGAGAAGCUGUCUGCAUUUUAUGAGACACUGAAGAGCCCUCUCUUCAACCAGAUCCUUACACUGCAGCAGUCCAUCAAGCAGCUGAAGGGACAGCUUAGCCAUAUCCCCUCAAAUUGUUCAGCCAGCUUUGACUUUUCUCGGAAAGGCUUGCUAGUGUUCACGGAUGGUUCCAUUACAAAUGGGAAUGCCCAAAGACCUUGUAGUAAUGUAACUGCCUCGGAACUGUUGCCUUGGACUCAAAAGUCAGGAAAUGAAGACUUUAACUCAGUCAUUCAGCAGAUGGCUCAGGGCCGGCACGUUGAGUAUAUAGAUAUAGAACGCCCUUCAACCGGAGGCCUUGGAUUCAGUGUGCUGGCUCUGAGAAGCCAGAGCCUGGGAUGGGUUGAUAUCUUUGUGAAGGAAGUGCAUCCAGGGAGUGUAGCCGACAGGGAUCACAGAUUGAAGGAAAAUGACCAGAUUUUGGCCAUUAAUGACAUCCCAUUGGAUCAGAAUGUUUCCCAUCAGCAGGCGAUUGCAUUACUACAACAAGCCACUGGAUCUCUGCGGCUUGUUGUGGCCAGGGAAGUGGGCCACACACGGGGCCGAACAUCCACCAGCUCAGCUGAUAUGACUGUGCCAGAAACGGUAUGUUGGGGCCACAUUGAAGAUGUUGAGCUCAUUAAUGACGGCUCUGGAUUAGGUUUUGGGAUAGUUGGAGGGAAAUCCAGUGGCGUGGUCGUGAGAACUAUUGUUCCUGGAGGACUGGCAGACCGAGAUGGAAGACUACAGACAGGGGAUCACAUCUUGAAGAUUGGUGGUACAAAUGUGCAAGGAAUGACCAGUGAACAAGUUGCUCAAGUUCUAAGGAACUGUGGGAAUUCCGUGAGGAUGCUGGUGGCCAGAGACCCUGUUGGUGAAAUUGCAGCAACACCUCCUACCCCGGUGUCCUUACCUGUUGCCCUGCCUGCUGUAGCCACGAGGACCCUUGAGUCUGACAGUUCUCUUUUUGAAACUUACGAUGUUGAACUUGUUAAAAAAGAUGGACAGAGUCUUGGGAUUAGAAUUGUUGGCUAUGUUGGAACAGGUCAUCCAGGGGAAGCUUCAGGGAUUUAUGUGAAAAGUAUAAUCCCAGGCAGUGCUGCAUACCACAAUGGCCAAAUUCAAGUGAAUGAUAAAAUUGUGGCUGUGGAUGGUGUGAAUAUUCAGGGCUUUGCUAAUCAGGAUGUUGUUGAAGUAUUGCGGAAUGCGGGGCAGGUGGUGCAGCUGACCCUUGUUCGAAGGAAAACAUCUUUACCUGCUUCUCCAUUUGAACAGUCUUCAAGCAGAGAAACUGUUGCAGAGCCACCUAAAGUACCAGAACUAACAGGAUCCCCGAAACCAGAAGCUAAUUUGAGUACGGAAGCAGAGGAAAUUGGAGAAAGACGGGACAGUCUGAAGAAGGACAGUGUACAAGGCUUAGAAAGACCAGAUGCAUAUCCAGAGGAAGUCCCAGGCUCUCCAGAAAGUGAGCUGAAAUCCAGAUGGGAAAACCUACUGGGUCCAGAUUAUGAAGUAAUGGUAGCCACUUUGGAUACGCAGAUCGCAGAUGAUGAGGAGCUACAGAAAUACUCAAAGCUGCUGCCUAUCCACACUCUCAGACUUGGUAUGGAAGUUGACUCCUUCGAUGGGCAUCACUAUAUCUCCUCAGUUGUUCCUGGUGGUCCCGUGGAUACCCUGAACCUCCUGCAGCCAGAGGAUGAACUUCUGGAGGUCAAUGGCUUGCAGCUUUAUGGGAAGUCUCGCCGAGAAGCAGUCUCCUUUCUUAAAGAAGUGCCCCCACCAUUUACCUUGGUUUGCUGCCGCCGGCUUUGUGAUGAGGAGGCCUCAGUUGAUGAGCCGAGAACCAUGGGACCUGCUCUUCCUGAGACAGAGGUUGACCACAGUGUAGAUGUCAGCAUAGAAGAUGAUGAUGAUGGAGAAUUAGCCCUGUGGUCUCCCGAAGUCAAGACUGUGGAGCUGGUGAAAGACUGCAAAGGCUUAGGAUUCAGCAUUUUGGAUUAUCAGGACCCCCUGGAUCCCACAAGGUCCGUGAUUGUGAUUCGCUCCUUGGUGGCAGAUGGUGUAGCAGAAAGAAGUGGAGAACUUCUACCCGGAGACCGCCUAGUGUCUGUCAAUGAGUUCUCCUUGGACAAUGCCACUCUGGCUGAGGCAGUGGAGGUGUUGAAGGCUGUACCCCCUGGUGUGGUGCAUCUUGGCAUCUGCAAGCCCUUGGUGGAAGAUGAGAAGGAAGAACAUUUUAUCUUACAUUCAAACAACAAUGGAGACAACAGUGAGCCUCCAGAAACUAUUCCCGAGAUCCAUUCAUCUUUAAUCCUCGAAGCACCCCAGGGCUUUAGAGAUGAGCCAUAUCUGGAAGAACUCGUGGAUGAACCUUUCCUAGAUUUGGGGAAAUCUUUGCAGUUCCAACAAAAAGACAUGGACAGCAGCUCAGAAGCCUGGGAAAUGCAUGAGUUCCUGAGUCCUCCGCUGGAGGAAGGCGGUGAGGAGAGAGAGAUGCUUGUUGAUGAGGAAUAUGAGCUCUAUCAAGAUCACCUCCGGGCCAUGGAGUCACACCCACCACCACCACAUAUUCGGGAGGUCACUGCUGCGUCUCCCAGGCUGGAACUCCAGGCUGGCACACAGUGGCUGCAUGCUAACCUCUCAGGCGGUGAAAUGCUAGAGUGUCAUGAUGCAGAGUCCAUGAUGAGUGCGUAUCCCCAGGAGAUGCAGCAAUACAGCUACAGCACCACAGACAUGAUGAAGGAAACGUUUGGCCUUGAUUCCCAGUCACCCAUUCCGUCCUCUGAAGGAAAUGGUCAACACGGCAGAUUUGAUGACACUGAACAUCUUCAUUCACUAACGAGCAGCGGCCUGGAUUUAGGCAUGAUGAUUCCAGGUGACUUGCAAGGUCCUGGCGUGCUUGUCGAUCUUCCAGCUGUUGCCCAAAGAAGAGAACAGGAAGACUUGCCUCUGUACCGACUCCCCAGCGCCCGCGUUGUCACGAAGCCUUCCUCACACCUGGGACUGGUGUCUUCACGACAUGCAAAUGCUGCGUGUGAGUUACCGGAGAGGGAGGAAGGUGAAGGAGAGGAAACCCCAAACUUCAGCCACUGGGGGCCACCAAGGAUUGUUGAAAUUUUUAGAGAACCUAAUGUGUCUCUUGGCAUCAGCAUUGUUGGUGGACAAACAGUUAUAAAACGCCUCAAGAAUGGAGAGGAGCUCAAAGGCAUAUUCAUCAAACAAGUGUUAGAAGACAGUCCUGCAGGAAAGACCAAUGCACUUAAAACUGGGGAUAAAAUUCUUGAGGUGUCUGGUGUAGACCUGCAGAAUGCCUCCCAUGCAGAAGCUGUGGAAGCAAUCAAGAGCGCAGGAAACCCUGUGGUGUUUGUGGUACAGAGCCUGUCAUCCACCCCAAGGGUCAUCCCAAGUGUGAAUAACAAAGGCAAAGCAACUGCCUCGAACCAGGAUCAACACACUCAAGAAAGGAAAGCUAAGAGGCACGGAACAGCUCCACCUCCAAUGAAGCUGCCCCCGCCUUACAGAGCUCCAUCUGCAGACGUGGAGGAAAGUGAAGACGACUGUGCCCUGACCGACAAAAAGAUCAGGCAAAGAUAUGCAGACCUACCUGGAGAAUUACACAUUAUCGAACUGGAAAAGGAUAAGAACGGGCUGGGACUCAGUCUCGCUGGCAAUAAGGACCGGUCGCGGAUGAGCAUAUUCGUGGUGGGGAUUCAUCCAGAGGGACCUGCCGCUGCAGACGGACGCAUGCGCAUUGGAGAUGAGCUGCUGGAGAUAAACAAUCAGAUCCUUUAUGGAAGAAGUCAUCAGAAUGCAUCUGCCAUUAUUAAGACUGCCCCCACCAGGGUCAAACUGGUUUUCAUUAGAAAUGAAGAUGCAGUCAAUCAGAUGGCCGUUGCUUCCUUCCCGGUACCAUCACCUUCCCUGUCACCUGUUGAGGAUCUGGGUGGCACUGAACCUGUCAGUAGUGAGGAAGACAGCAGUGUGGAUGCUAAACACCUGCCUGAUCCAGAAAGCUCCAAACUGGAAGACCUGUCCCAGGUGGUUGAUGACGACAUGGGGGCAGAGCAGGAGACGGCAUCGGAGCCACCUGACAGUGCUGCCUGCCAGAUGAAACAGCAAACAUAUUCAACACAAGUCUCCUCCAACUCACAAGAGAUCCCAUCAGCACUGGCUCCGUUGUAUCAGUCAACACAGGCGGACGUCACAGGCUCUGGUAACUUGCAGGCUCCUCUCCUGGUGGACCCUGCUCCUUUCUCGGUGGACCCUGCAACAUGUCCCAUUGUCCCUGGCCAGGAAAUGAUCAUAGAAAUAUCCAAGGGACGCUCCGGGCUUGGGCUCAGCAUUGUUGGAGGAAGAGACACACCUUUGGAUGCUAUAGUUAUCCAUGAAGUCUAUGAAGAAGGUGCAGCAGCCAGAGAUGGAAGAUUAUGGGCUGGAGACCAGAUAUUAGAGGUUAACGGAGUUGAUCUGCGGAGCUCCAGCCAUGAAGAAGCCAUCACAGCCCUGAGGCAGACCCCCCAGAAGGUGCGGCUGGUGGUAUACAGAGAUGAGGCUCAGUACAGAGACGAGGAGAACUUGGAAGUGUUCCUUGUGGAUCUGCAGAAGAAGCCUGGCCGAGGACUGGGCCUGAGCAUUGUUGGGAAACGGAGUGGAAGCGGAGUAUUUAUUUCCGACAUUGUGAAAGGCGGGGCCGCGGACCUCGAUGGGAGGUUAAUUCGAGGAGAUCAGAUCUUGUCUGUGAAUGGAGAGGACAUGAGACAUGCCUCACAGGAGACAGUGGCCACCAUCCUGAAGUGCGUCCAGGGCCUUGUCCAGCUGGAGAUUGGGAGACUCCGAGCCGGCUCCUGGGCCUCCUCCAGGAAGACCUCGCAGAACAGCCAGGUGGGGGAUCAGCACAGUGCACACAGCAGCUGUCGGCCGUCCUUUGCCCCAGUCAUCACCAGCCUACAAAACCUGGUUGGCACAAAAAGAGCUUCAGAUCCUCCCCAGAAAUGCGCAGAGGAAGAACCAAGGACUGUUGAAAUAAUCAGAGAGCUCAGUGAUGCCCUUGGGAUCAGUAUCGCCGGAGGAAAAGGAAGUCCUUUAGGAGAUAUCCCGAUAUUUAUUGCCAUGAUUCAAGCCAGUGGAGUGGCCGCACGCACCCAGAAGCUUAAGGUUGGAGAUCGGAUUGUGAGCAUUAAUGGGCAACCUCUGGAUGGACUGUCUCACACAGACGCCGUUAAUCUACUGAAGAACGCCUUUGGGCGCAUUAUCCUGCAGGUUGUGGCGGAUACCAAUAUAAGUGCCAUAGCCACCCAGCUGGAAGUCAUGUCCACAGGCUGCCAGCCUGGCUCUCCGACUGCUGACCGACAUCCUGAAGAGACGGAGUGAGUCUUCCACUGCAGAGCGGACCUAGCACGGAGUAACUGCAGAAGACGGCCGAUUAAAGCGAGAUGAGCAGAUCUUAGCUGUCAAUGGCGACACCCUGGAAGGCCUUACCUGUGAGCAUGUCUCCAUCCUAAGGCAGCAGAGAAGGACUGUGGCCUUGACUGUGCUGCAGGAGCUUCGGGUCCUGAUCAGGACAUUUUUUAACAAGACUACAGCAGAAUUCUGUGGCUUCCGGUUGGGCUGAAAAGUUGCCUCUGCUAAAACUCAGCCUCAUCACUGGCUCCGGUUCUGUUUGCAGAAACUGGAGCUGCUGUCUCUGCCUCCUGCUCACCUCCCUCUGCUCACCUCCGUGGCCCCCACAGAGGCUUAGCAGCAAGCUCCCGUGGUCUCAUGUAAUGAGUAGAAACAAAGGUUUAGCUUGUCAUCUUAACUCGUGAUUUACUUAUGCUAAUUUGCCUCUUCAAAUAAACCAGAAAACAUUAGCAGUGUAAUUAACUUCCUCAAAAUGAACUAUUCAUACCCGCCGCUGGGAAUUACUGCAGACUGUUCAGUGUGACUCAGUCAAAUAAACCUCACAUCCCUGUCUCAAUUGAUCUGUAUGCUAGCCGUUGGAGAUUCUGAGGAGUCCAUUACAGACUCUGUAAUCUACUCGGCAUCCUGAUAGGCUUUGAUUCUGAGUUUGACAAGCGCAUACUGCUCAGCGAGUAUGCCUUGGUCGCCACAGGAACAAGUAACCCUCGAGUUUAAGUCCUAGCCACGCUAGCUCACAUUGCUGGGAAGCUAACAGGGAGUGGUGCGCAUCUUAGCAGGUCGGAAUCACGCCCCCACACACACACCCUGUAGACUGCAGGCGAGGAGGUGGAAACCCCAGACCUCGCUGUAGAGAUGCACAAGAUCGAGUGGCCUCUGCGGCAUCAUAAGAAAUAAGUUGCUGGUUUGGUCCUUCACCUUCACACCAGCCUGCACAGUAGCUCAGCCUGCAGCAGCUGUGUGUAGCACGGGAACAGAAAGCAACUGAGCGAUGCCCUGGGAAUCAGACCCGGAAGGCUUAGCUUGGGUUUCCCAGUCCCCACCGGAAGUUCUGCAGCUAAGAAAGCUACAGACUAUGGCUGAGAGAGAGCCUAAGAGCGCUAGUGGGGUGAAAUGGGCCGGAGAGGGAGCUGCUCCUCACGGAGCACUGUAGAAUCCUCUGCUGAAAACACAGGAAAGUACCACGAAGAGUGAGUGCGGGGUCAGCGAUACGUGUGGUUCAGCAUUAUAGAACUAUAACUCGGCGUUCAGAUUGUUCAGUAAUUACCCGGAAAUUAAUGGGCCCUAAUUUAUAAGGUUAUUUAAUUAGUGAGGAUUUUAACUGAGAUUCCUUUUGAGUAGAUGUGAUCCCAAAGUCCAUUAACUCUCGUUGAGAUACUGUUUGUGGCUAUUCUAAAGUGCAGAAUGCCUCGAUCUUGCGUUGACAAUGUAUUUCAAUGACUGGUAUUAAGUUUUUUGAGAUUCCUUAGGGUUUUUAGAAUUUAUAAUGUAUCCAAGAUAUAUGGUUUUGUUAGGAGAAGCCACCAACCUUAGUGUCUGGGGUGAAUGGUACCCGCAAGAAGACCUCACCCAGCAGAGACCAAAUGAAGCCCAAACGAAAGUGCGUCUUAAAAGAUGAAGAUAGAAGCGUUAGUGCUUUCCCGUUGGAAUCCCCCUUACUUCUGAUGGAAUGGUGUU